UCCAUCUAGAGGCGAGAAGCGAGGGGUGGGGACUAGAUACCUCCACUGUUGAGAUCUGCAGUAAAGGCUGUGUUGGGGUGGUUUGCCACGAAUUUAUAGCCAAUCCAUCGAAGGAAGCCUGUGAGGAAAAAACGAGGGUGCACCUUGGACCCAGAUUUGGAAGCUGUGCAGGCUAAGGGCGAUACAGAACGAUGGCUGAUUUAAUGGAGUUGGAUAUGGCUAUGGGUGACAGCAAGGCAGCUGUGGGCCAGUGGCAGCAGCAGUCCUACCUGGAUUCUGGCAUCCAAUCUGGGGUCACCACCUCUGCCCCCUCUCUGAGCGGGAAGGCUAACCCCGAUGCCGAAGAAGACCCAGGGCUGUAUGACUGGGAGUUCAACCAGCCUUUCACACCUGAGCCCACAGACACGGAGGGAUAUGCUAUGACUAGGGCCCAGCGUGUGCGGGCUGCCAUGUUUCCCGAGACCCUGGAGGAGGGGCUGCAGAUGCUGCCCACCCAGUGUGACGCUGCCCACCCCAGUGCCGUGCAGCGGCUGGCCGAGCCGUCUCAGAUGCUGAAGCACGCCGUGGUCAACCUGAUCAACUACCAGGACGACGCCGAGCUGGCCACACGGGCCAUCCCUGAGCUGACCAAACUGCUGAACGACGAGGACCAGGUAGUGGUGAACAAGGCUGCCGUCAUGGUGCACCAGCUGUCAAAGAAGGAGGCGUCGCGCCACGCGCUGAUGCGCUCUCCUCAGAUGGUGUCAGCCGUGGUGCGCGCCAUGCAGAACACCAACGACGUGGAGACUGCCCGCUGCUCCGCCGGGACGCUGCACAACCUGUCCCACCACCGCGAGGGCCUGCUCGCCAUCUUCAAGUCCGGGGGCAUCCCUGCCCUCGUCAAGAUGCUGGGCUCCCCUGUGGACUCUGUGCUGUUCUACGCCAUCACCACCCUCCACAACCUGCUGCUGCACCAGGAGGGGGCCAAGAUGGCGGUGCGUCUGGCCGGAGGCCUGCAGAAGCUGGUGGCCCUGCUCGCCAACACCAACGUCAAGUUUCUGGCCAUCACCACCGACUGCCUGCAGAUUCUGGCUUAUGGCAACCAGGAGAGCAAGUUGAUCAUCCUGGCCAGUGGGGGUCCUCAAGCUCUGGUCAACAUCAUGAGGACCUUCACUUAUGAGAAGCUGCUGUGGACCACCAGCAGAGUGCUCAAGGUCCUCUCUGUCUGCUCCAGCAACAAGCCUGCUAUUGUGGAGGCCGGAGGCAUGCAGGCUAUGGGGCUCCAUCUGACAGACCCAAGUCAGAGGCUGGUCCAGAACUGCCUCUGGACGCUCCGCAACCUCUCUGACGCUGCCACCAAACAGGAGGGGAUGGAGGGCCUGCUUGGGACUCUGGUCCAGCUCCUGGGCAGUGAUGACAUUAACGUGGUUACCUGUGCUGCCGGCAUCCUCUCCAACCUGACCUGCAACAACUACAGCAACAAGCUCAUGGUCUGCCAGGUGGGUGGUAUCGAGGCCCUGGUGCGUACUGUGCUGAGAGCCGGGGAUAGAGAAGACAUCACAGAGCCGGCCGUUUGUGCCCUCAGACACCUGACCUCCCGCCACCAGGAUGCAGAGAUGGCCCAGAAUGCCGUGCGGCUGCACUACGGCCUGCCUGUGGUGGUCAAGCUGCUGCACCCGCCCUCCCACUGGCCACUAAUCAAGGCCACCGUGGGUCUGAUCCGUAACCUGGCGCUGUGCCCGGCCAAUCACAGUGCUUUGCGGGAACACGGAGCCAUCCCCCGAUUGGUUCAGCUGCUGGUAAGAGCCCACCAGGACACACAGAGACGCACCAGCAUGGGAGGAAACCAGCAGCAGUUUGUGGAGGGUGUGCGCAUGGAGGAGAUAGUGGAGGGAUGCACCGGAGCUCUGCAUAUCCUGGCCAGGGACGUCCACAACCGCAUUGUCAUUAGAGGACUCAACACCAUUCCACUGUUUGUACAGCUGCUCUACUCCCCAGUAGAGAACAUUCAGCGUGUGGCAGCCGGCGUGCUCUGUGAGCUGGCCCAGGAUAAGGAGGCGGCAGAGGCCAUCGAGGCAGAAGGUGCCACGGCCCCGCUCACGGAGCUGCUGCACUCGCGCAACGAGGGGGUGGCCACGUACGCCGCCGCCGUGCUGUUCCGCAUGUCUGAGGACAAACCGCAGGACUACAAGAAACGCCUGUCUGUGGAGCUCACCAGCUCUCUGUUCAGGACGGAGCCCAUGGCGUGGAACGAGACAGGGGACCUGGGUCUGGACCUGGGGACACAGGGUGACCCUCUGGGCUACAGACAGGAUGAUGGAGCCUACCGUGCCUACCCUGCUGCCUAUGGACAGGACUCCCUGCUGGACCCCAUGAUGGAGGGUGGCGAUUACCAUGGCGAUGCCCUGCCCGACCUGGGUCACCAUGGCGAUGCCUUGCCUGACCUGGGCCAUUCCCAGGACCUGAUGGACAGCAGCCAGCUGGCCUGGUUUGACACUGACCUGUAAAAUAGCUGUAGUUGGGAUCAAGCUGCGUCAUGAUUGGCCUCUAUCAUCUGCAGCUGUGUUGUGAUUGGCCAGUGGAGUUGCUGAAGGUUGGAGAGAGAGAGAGCAUUGAUCUUGGAAAGUGCCUGACACAUGAUGAAUACACACAAAUUUGGUUACCGUGGAAAAGUAAGCGGAAGUUGUGGGGAUGAGGAUGAUGAGGGAGAGAACACUAGGAGGGUUAUGAAGCUGAAUGCUUAGACUAAAGACUGCACAGGAGGUGGAUCUAUAGAUGGAAUCACAAAUGUAUUAUUAGCCUUGCCUAUUUUCUUUAUAGUGGUUCUUUUUCUACUUUAUUGUUAUUGUUUUUUACUCAGUCUCUGUUAAGGUACUGAUUCAGCUUGCCUUGGCUCUCACAAUCAUUCAUUUCUCUGAAUCAUUUUAUACAUUUUUAUUUUAAAGUAUGUUAUGUAGCGUUAAGUUAUAGUGGUAUACCAAACGUUCCCUUUGUUUUGUCACGUGUAGAACACUAAUACUCAGUUGAAUCUUACUCUUAACAUGUUUUUACAAUAUCAGAAAAUGGAGAAUUAUGCAUACAUGCUUGUUAAAGCAUAACUAAUAUCAGUGUCACUACUGUCCUAGAAAGUUGGGUGUGGGAAGGAGCGUAGAAAUAGUGUUUUUAUACUUUCAUGGUAGGUUAACAAAACUAUUUUGUAUGCUAUCAUUGGCCGUCUAAACAGUUGUAUACUGGUCCAAUAAAAACAUGUUUUAUGUGCUAUCAGUGGUAGCUAGGUGAAUAAAACGGUUGUUGUCUGCUGUGCUUAUUUUAGACACAUGGUUAUGACACAGCUGACCAAUAAAGUGACAUUUUAUUUGAA